UAAAGCCUCAAAGCCAUUACAACCAUGGGUAUAGCGAAUCUCUUGGACGGAAAAGCCACAUUGACGACUACAGCACUUGGGACAUUGUCAAAGCCACACAGUAUGGAAUAUACGAACGAUGUAGAGAAUUGGUGGAAGCAGGUUAUGAUGUACGACAACCAGACAAAGAAAACGUAACGCUCCUCCACUGGGCUGCAAUCAACAACAGGAUAGAUCUGGUGAAAUACUAUAUAUCAAAAGGUGCUAUUGUUGAUCAGCUUGGAGGAGAUUUAAAUUCUACCCCACUUCACUGGGCAACAAGACAGGGUCACUUAUCCAUGGUUGUACAGCUGAUGAAAUAUGGGGCAGAUCCGUCGCUAAUUGAUGGAGAAGGGUGUAGCUGUAUUCAUUUGGCUGCCCAGUUUGGACAUACUUCGAUCGUUGCUUACCUUAUAGCAAAGGGACAGGAUGUAGAUAUGAUGGAUCAAAAUGGAAUGACACCUUUAAUGUGGGCAGCUUACAGAACACAUAGUGUGGAUCCAACCCGAUUACUACUAACAUUUAAUGUUUCUGUUAAUCUUGGAGACAAGUACCACAAAAACACAGCAUUGCACUGGGCUGUGCUAGCAGGAAAUACAACAGUUAUUAGUCUUCUGUUAGAAGCUGGAGCUAAUGUUGAUGCUCAAAACAUAAAGGGAGAAUCACCACUUGAUCUUGCAAAACAGAGGAAAAAUGUUUGGAUGAUAAAUCACCUACAGGAAGCAAGACAGGCAAAGGGAUAUGACAGUCCAUCCUUUCUGAGAAAACUAAAAGCUGAUAAGGAAUUCCGUCAGAAGGUGAUGCUGGGAACUCCUUUCCUAGUUAUUUGGCUGGUUGGGUUUAUAGCAGACCUAGACAUUGAUUCUUGGCUCAUUAAAGGGCUGAUGUAUGGUGGCGUUUGGGCUAUGGUGCAGUUUCUUUCAAAGUCAUUCUUUGAUCACUCCAUGCACAGUGCGCUGCCGCUUGGAAUAUACUUGGCAACAAAAUUCUGGAUGUAUGUGACAUGGUUCUUCUGGUUUUGGAAUGAUCUCAAUUUUUUCUUUAUACAUCUUCCAUUCCUCGCAAAUAGCGUUGCACUUUUCUACAAUUUUGGAAAAUCCUGGAAAUCUGAUCCAGGAAUCAUCAAAGCCACAGAAGAACAAAAGAAAAAGACAAUAGUAGAACUUGCAGAGACAGGAAGUCUGGACCUCAGUAUAUUCUGCAGUACCUGCUUGAUACGGAAGCCAGUGAGGUCCAAACACUGUGGUGUGUGCAAUCGAUGUAUAGCAAAGUUUGAUCACCACUGCCCGUGGGUGGGUAACUGUGUAGGAGCAGGGAACCACCGCUAUUUUAUGGGAUACCUGUUCUUCUUGCUUUUUAUGAUCUGCUGGAUGAUUUAUGGAUGUAUCUCUUACUGGGGGUUCCACUGUGAGACAAGUUAUGCAAAAGAUGGAUUUUGGACCUAUGUUACACAGAUUGCUACCUGUUCUCCGUGGAUGUUCUGGAUGUUUCUAAACAGUGUUUUUCACUUCAUGUGGGUGGCUGUGUUACUCAUGUGUCAGAUGUAUCAGAUAUCUUGCUUGGGUAUCACGACAAAUGAAAGAAUGAAUGCAAGAAGAUACAAGCACUUUAAAGUUACAACCACAUCUAUUGAAAGCCCAUUCAACCAUGGAUGUAUAAGGAACAUUAUAGACUUCUUUGAAUUCAGAUGCUGUGGUCUAUUUCGGCCUGUUAUCGUGGACUGGACAAGGCAGUAUACAAUAGAAUAUGACCAAACUUCAGGAUCAGGCUACCAGCUAGUGUAGCACCACCUUCGUCCUGUGAGCAUAUCAUAUCUGAGUGGUGCCUGAAAAUUUUCUCUCUCUCUCUCGAGUCUGCAUCCCUUGAAGAGUAGCAUGCUAUGUGUAGGGCUGAUGGUGAAUCAUAAGGUACCUUCUCUUCAUCAGAAUUUUAUUAACAAAUGUAAAAGUGGACAGAAUAAACUGCCGAACCUGAUAAGGAAGAGGAGGAAAAUCAAAAAGGGAUUUUAACAGUUCUUAACAUGAGAAUUAUUCAUGACUGCAUAUUCACAGUAUUUGUUGUUGCGUUUUUUAUUUAAGGUCUUUCACAAUGGAGCAUGAGAUUAUUGAAGUAUUGACAUAAGUAGUUACAUUGUGCUGAGCAGAAAAAUUUAUUUCCCAAUACAAAUAAUUCCACUGAAACAAGAAUCUAGAACAUAAAACUAAAUUUCAUGAUGCAGCGUUCACUGAUCACUAUGUUGUAGUUCCUGUAAUGUGAUAUUUUUAAUACAGGUUUUUGGUAGUAUCAUGUACAUUGAAAAAUGUGCUUUUCAGAACUGUUACCAACAUCAGGUGGUGGGAAUCCCCUGUAAUGUGUUAAGUUAUAGCAGUAGGGCGCAUCAGAUAACGCUGAAAAAAAUACAUUGCCCACAGUUUUUGGUGACUGUUUUUUGCCACCAGUUACUGGUACGACUAAAUACUUGUAGUAACCCUGUUCUGAGGUUAUAUAGUAUGAAAUAAAUAAAGAAAGCUCUUCUGUCAAAGUUAAAGCCCUGCUUAAAUGCAUGAUACACCUGUAAAACUAGAUUACAGUAUAUAAUGUUCAGGAAAAAAAGUGGAAAAAAUUCAUUAUCUUUGAAGUAACUGUAUAAGCACCUUACAAACUAGCGAUGUUUUAAUAUUAGGUUUGGUCCUCACACAGUACCAGCAUAGGGUAAUUGGAGACAUGUUGGAAGAGAAAUCACGUGGGGGAAACCACAGAUGUGAAAGCAAGAAUCUCAGUUGUAAAAAGACAAGACAGUUUUAAAUUGGAUGCGACUGCAGAAGAACAACCCAGAGUUGUCUUCAAUGCUGAUUUUGGUUGGUUGUAAAAUAAUGGAAUCCAAACUUUAACAAAGCAAAGUUCCCAUGAUAGUACAUGCACAGAAAAUGUAACACAGCGUUCUGAAGAAGAUGGUGUAUUGGCACGUGGAAAUCACCCUUAAUUUCUUUUUUUAAGUUCUCAUGCUACAGAUAUGUUUGGAAGGUAAGGAAUGAUCUGAAACUGCAUUCCAAAGGGGCUUUUCUUGAAUGUGAUGCACUGAUUUUUGUUAUGGUGUUUUCAUAAACUCAUAGUGAAUUGUUCACUGCUUCCUUAACUAUUGUUUACAGAGAGACUGAGAAUCAGGUUAGUUCUCUUCUAAGUGCUGUAGCAACCCAGUGGUUCGAGAAACCUGUGAGGGGAGUUUGGGGAGGGACCUGAAAGCAGAUGUCUGAGACCAGUGUAAAGAAUGUGUAUCUGUAUAUAAAUAAUUUAUCAAAUAGUUUUCUCUCUGUGAGUGUGUGUUUAGUGUAUUUAAAGCUGCUCAUUUUCAUUUUAUUCAACCAAAAAAGUGUAGGAAGAUAUCUAAUGAGCUUUUAGUGAUGUUUCAAUAUUGCUGUUAAUAGGCAUUAUGCCCUGCAAAUUCACUGCAUGUUUGAUGCUUGGCAAAAUUAGCGUUUUCUGUAAUAUGCAGAUUUCAGGUAAUAAAGCAAUCUAGUGGUAUUCCCGGCCCUUGCCUUAGUAAGAGAAGCAGUGAAACUGUAAAUAGUUGAUGUUCAGUAUUUGCAAGUCAACAUUUUUUCUGUAGAUGUUCAUUGAUCUCAAGACACACACUUAGUUUGCAAGUACCAGAUAUCAGGAUUUACAGAAGUGCAGCAUUAGAGUACUUGAAUGUUUAAUACUGGAAGAAUCAGCGUUGUCUUGGAUACAGUUUUAGUGGGAGGGAUUGGGGUGUAGGGGUGGCAAGAAGCUGUUGCUAUUUUUGUCAGACAAAAUUUGUAGUCCUAACGAAGACACGUUCUAUUUCAGUGAAAACAGUUGACAUCAGUUACUCGUCUUUUUUUCUACUCAGAAAAAAGCAUGAAGACUUUCCAGCGUUGUUUUAAUCACCAGUAAUGUUCUGCAUAUUUGUUCAGUUGGGGUUUGGGUUUGGUUUUUGUUCCCACAUUUCUGUUAGGGGUCGGUUGACCAGAAGAACUUCCAUCCACUUUAUUUACUAUCGCCUUGCACCAGAAGAGCAGUUCAGUACAUGAUAAACAAGUUCUGGCUUUAGUUGCCCAGUAGCAUUAACUGCCAUGACUUGUGUCACACAGAAGUGUUUGUAAAAACAAGAGAGGUGAUCUUUGGUAGUAUGUAGCGAGUUCUGCACUAUUUACUUGUUAAUAGCUCUCUGGUGACAGUUCUGUUGAGACCUGCAGAAUUUGAGCAGUAGUGAUAGCUAUGAAAAUUAACCUGUAUAU